AUGGCGAAACGGUUCCCUCCGGAACAGCGGCGGCAAGAAGAGGAGGUGGUUGGUAGCCCGAGCACCCCGCCGCAGCAGCAGAAGCAGAAAGAGCGGGACGGAGGAGGGGUUGCUGGGAUGGACGUCGAUGAGGGCGAGUCGGGUGGACCACAGCAGCAGCAGCAGCAGCAGCAGCCCGGGGGCGACGCAGAUGCGGGUCCGUUUUCAUCCCCAUCCAGCGUGCUAGAGGACCCCCCCCUGGGGGAGGGAUGGGAUGAGCACGGGAACGACCUCUCCAAGGCUGCGAAUGACGAUGUCCGCAAGGUGCACUGCGAGGCGUGGAUAGCCAAGCUGAGGCAGGAGGCAGCUGCCAUCCGAGCUGGCGACCACCCGGCCGUGAUGCGGAGAUCUAAGCUCACCAUGAACGCCAGCAAGCGAAGGGCGGAGAUGACCGAGAGAAGCGCCAAGAGACAGAGAAAGAUAGCGGCGACGCUCUACCAACAAGAAGUCGACCGCAUCCACGCCGCGUACGAGACGGCCAUCGAGCAGACACGGGAGAGACUUCUGACAGAGGCAAACGAGGAGAUCAGGAGGUCCAAGAACGUUAUGGAGGGCUUCAAGGAGGACGUUAACCGCAUGAACACGAGACACACGAGGGGCAACGCGAAGGGGAACAUCGUGGACGACCCCUGGCUCACGUCUUCCACGGCAUCCAAGACCAACGGGAACGGGAAGAGACCGCUUUGCGCCAUAUCCCUGGUCCUAGAGGAUGACGCCCUAUCUGAGGACAUCGACUUCCUCAGAUACUCGGACCGUGACGGAGGUGGAGGCGGAGACGGCGGCGGCGGCGGCGGCGGUAGCAGCGGUCACGGGGGCGGUGGUGGGAGCGGCUACACGUCGUACUCCGAGAACGGUCGGGCACGCCGCCCGCCGGGGUGGCGACGGGACGAGUGA